UGACGUGCGCGCGCAGGCGGGCGGCGGGGCACGCGGAGCGAUCGGCGGCGGGUGUGAAGAAAAAAAAAAAAACCAUGACAAUCCAAUGGGCGGCGGUUGCCAGCUUUCUUUAUGCUGAAAUAGGACUCAUUUUAAUCUUCUGUCUGCCCUUUAUUCCUCCUCAGAGAUGGCAGAAGAUUUUUUCAUUUAGUGUCUGGGGUAAGAUUGCAAGCUUUUGGAACAAAGCUUUUCUUACCAUUAUAAUACUACUGAUUGUUCUGUUUCUAGAUGCUGUGAGAGAAGUAAGGAAGUAUUCGUCCACGAGUGCUGUGGAGAAGGGCUCGGCCAGCAGCAUCCCUGGCGCUUACGAGCACACACAGAUGAAGCUCUUCAGGUCUCAAAGAAAUCUUUACAUUUCUGGAUUCUCAUUAUUUUUUUGGCUAGUGUUGAGACGUCUGGUUACACUUAUUACUCAGCUGGCGAAAGAAAUAUCAAACAAAGGAGUGCUUAAAAUUCAAGCAGAAAAUACCAAUAAGGCUGCCAAGAAAUUCAUGGAAGAGAAUGAAAAACUAAAAUUGGUGCUAAAGAAUAAUGAUAAUGCUGAAGAACACAUUUUGGAAACUGAAAAUAAAAAACUAGUAGAAGACAAGGAAAAACUGAAAAUUGAGCUAAAGAAGGCUUCCGAUGCCCUUUUUAAGGCCCAAAAUGAUGUGAUGACUAUGAAGAUUCAGUCGGAGAGACUUUCUAAAGAAUAUGAUCGACUCCUGAAAGAACAUUCAGAACUUCAGAACCGUUCAGAAAAAGACAAGAAGAAAGGCCUGUGAACUAUAUAAAAGAAGAUUGUGAUACACCGUGUCAAAGUUCAGUUAAAAAAAAAAGCUCUGCUAGCUACUGCAGACCCACAAAGGCUAUAUAGUAGUGACAUUUCCAAAAUAUUUGAUAAUGUUUCAGAUAUAAAGUAUGUAUUUCAGCUCUUUUGAAAAAUAUAAGCAUGUUAAAUACCAUAUUUCAUAUUGCUAAUAGCAUUGGUAUAUUAUGGCUCUUUACCCAUAAAAGGAAAAAUUCAUUCGGCAGCAUUUACUUCCCAAAUUAGAUCUGAAGUUGCAUGAAACCAUUAUUAGCUUUGAAAGCUUUGAUGAGUUUUUAGUAAUAAUCAGAUGGUGGUGGUGGUAAAAAUGAUGUGUUUGAAAACAGUACUCGGUGUCAGAAAAUGUGUUCACAGGGAGGUAAGGGUAAAUAACCACAAGUCGCCACUGUGCUUAUAGAGAAGAGUCAGAGAACAGUGAAAACUACGGCCUUAGGGCUUUUUAAGCCUAAUGAUUUUACAAUUUACAUAUGACAGCACUGUUGAUAGUGUGUUGUUAGUGUGCUUCUGUGCCUAUGGACUAUUGACAUUUGAGUAAUCAUAUAUAAUCAAUAGUCUAUCUUUUCAAGGUCAUCGGCUAAUAGAAUGUAUGCCCAUUUGCAAAACUGUCAUGCCACUGAGCUGAACUUAGGCUGCACCGUGGGUUUCUCCACUUACAAAGCUUAUUUGUGACGUCCAAAAAGCAGUGUUUUUAUAUUUGUGAAUGUUACUGAUUAUACUGGUAUUACCUCAAUAUACAUGCACUGAUACCACACAAAUCUCUCUACUAUGUUUCUAUAUUCUCAAAGUUAAAUACUGGUUUUCAUGCAAAUAUUCAUGUAGAAGUAGUGAUUGUAAUAAUAUGAUUUAGGUUAUUUCAGUGUUUAACUGUGAAAAGCCACUUGUCUUAAAAUGCUUAAAUAUAAAAGAAAAUGUAAAAUAAUACUUGGAGUUUUAUUCUCUAGUUUUUAAUCUAUAAUUUCAAUGCCAAUUCUAUGUAUAUUUAAUUGUUCUCAUUGUAAAGUGGGUUAAAUGAGUAAUACCUAAUUGUAUUUCAGAUAAAAGUUAGGAUUUAGUGCUAGAAAACAGACGUGAACAAGACACUCCCCAGGGUAAAAAUCUGGGAGUUACACCAUGUGGGCUGACACCACCAUAGGUAACAAGGUGAGGGAAUGAGAGGAAAACUGAGCACAUGACAUCUCAAACCCUCCACUUAGAAAUGUCAACAUGAGAGGGACUUGGCAAAUAUAGACACUGAGCUACUCUGCAGAAAUCAGCUCUAAUGUCAGAGCAACAAAUUAAAGAGAAAGUGCACGGCUUUAGAUGGAACUCAGAGUUAAUCCCAGCUCUACCACUUGCAUAUUUAGUCAUGUGACUUGAACAAGUUAUUCAGAUUCACUGGGACUCCUCCUCAUUUCCAAAUUGAGACUAUUAAUAUCUGGAUAAGUGUUACUAUAGAAACUAACAUGGUUUUCAAAGUUAUCCUACAGUAUAGUGUAGAACAAUUCUCUUUGACAAAUUCAUGGAUUUGAAAGUUUUACCAAAACAGCACUUUAAAGUUUACAAUUAGGGGAUCUUAGACCUCAACUCUCAAUUUUGCAGAUCUGUAAUUAGAUAACUCAAAAAACUGAGGAAUUUUCCUGGGCAAAGUAGAAAAGAAAGUCAAAGUCAGAUUUAGGAACUGAAAAUGGAGGUAUCCUAGUUCCCUGGGUAUUACUUAUUUUACUUUACAAACUAGUUUGUUAACCCUUAAACAAUGCCACAUUUGUAUAAGUACACUGGUGACAUGACCACUGCAGGUUUGGUUAAGGAGGAGGGUUUUAGUGUAGAUAUGAGGAAGAGAACAGCCAGACGUCUAGAAGAGUCUAGAGCAGAAUGAGAAAGUAGUAGACAGAAUAUGAGCAGUAAACAGGAACUGGCCAGGACUCUCAGGGAGCCUGCCAGGAGGCCAGCAUGCACUUCACACAGAGAGCCCUUUGUCCCUUCUGCCAGUGAGUGACAAGGUUACUGCUUCUUUUUGUUGUUGUUGUUUUGGUUUUUUUUUUUUUUUUUUUUUUUUUUUUUUUUUUUUUUUUGAGAUAAGGUUUCUCUGUUAGCCCUGGCUGUCCUGGAACUCACUCUACUAGACAGAGAUGUGCCUGCCUCUGCCUCCCAAGUGCUAGGACUAAAGGCAUGUGCCACCACCACCUGGCUGUAUUUGCCUCUUUUGAUAGAGGGGAACCAGGUUUGUAAGUUCCUCAGAAAUGCUGUUUUUUGUCUUAACUUCCAUAAUUUGGAGGAGAUGGAGUUUCCUUUGGAUCUGACAAUAUACAGCCAAGGUUUGAACCUGAGAGUAUGAAAGAGUUCUUCCUACUACCUUCCUUUCCUGUGUUGGUAUUUAGCAAAUCCUAUACGUAGCCUGUGGGUUUAGGCACCCCCAUAUUAAAUCAUUUCUCAUAGUGA